AGUGAUGGAUUGGGACCAAUAUGAUGUCGAUGAUACUCACACUUGUUGCUAUUUGGUUUGAUGGAAUGAUUGAUCGUACACAUGCAUAAUUAUUGCUGGUGAUGGAUAAUGGUAAUACCGCUGCUCGGUUGAUGAGUUCUGUCUUGCUCCUGUUAUUUUGUUCACAUGUGUAUGCAAAAUCGUGUCUUGCGUUCAUCUUUCGUUUCUCACCACACUUACUUUGCAACGAAUGCGUUAUGGUGUUGCAUAGGUAUGAUUUAUCCAGCAAUACAACUGGUGAUACGCGCCAAAUACUGAAUCCCUUCUCUUCCUCUACUCACCUGUUGCGGAACGCGUGAAUGAACGGAUAUGGAUCGACUUGUUUUGUGUCUGUAUAUGGUUGACUGCACUAUUUUGCACCAUCUUUCAGCAUCAGUUUGGUUUGUUUGUUGGUUUUUAGUUUGUGUUUUGGACGGGUAUGUAUAUUGUUUAGUUUCUUUUAAGCCCCAUCAUUUUGCUGUGUGCAAAAUUUAAUGUAUGUUUUACGAUUAAGAUUGCAAAUCAAUGCAUUUUGUUCUCCUUUUGUUUUAAUCAAAUCUAUUUUUUUAAAGUUACUCAAAAUUCGACAAUGAUUGGUUUGUUCUCUGUGACAUUUUGAAAACAGAUUGUGAAGUACUACUGAAUGUCAUUUCUAGCUUUGCUCACGCAAAUAUAGUCCUACAUCUUUUUUCAAUAUAUUGUGCAUAAGAACGAAAAACAAUUGAUUUCACAGUUUUGUUGGCGUUAUCCCUUUAUGUUGUUUUGAUCAGUUCUCCUUUUUCUAUUCCUACCCUUUGUGGCUAACGGUCUUGAUGAGUGAUGCUGAAGACGAUGCCCGUUCUGCGGACAUUCGGCAAUCACGUAGCCUAGCGGGAGCGCGACCUGCCGCCCGUGUCCCCGGUGGUGUCCCCCGUGGCCGUCAGUGCGGCAGCUGGCGGUGCCGCCGGCAGUCGCGUCAGUAGUGGCGGUGGUGGUAUUGGUGACGGUGACACCCAUCACGACAUUUACUACUAUCAUCCGCGGCACGACUGCCAAAGCCACAGCCUCGAGCACAACUACGAGAGCGAACACAAAAAAGCACACAAACAACAGCACAACAAUCACUAUGCCACCUAUCACUACACCGGCAAGUCUGGCCACCAUCAUCCACCUCACCAUCAUCACCAGUACAUGUACACCAGUAACAACAGCAACAGCAGCAACAACAAUAACACCAGCAACACUAACCACCACAACCAACCGAACGGGCCGGGCAGUAAUGGCAAUGGCGGCAGUGGCGGUAACGGCGGCGGCAACAAUCAGUCGAAAGGUCGCGCGAAAGCCAAGCGCAACGAGUACGAGCGCCCCGGUGGUCCGUCCCCGGGCGGCACUAAUCCCACUGCUGCCGCCGGUGCGGCCGGUCAGUACGGUGCCGGCGGCAGCAGUCCAGCCGGCACCGUCGACCACGGGGGCAAGUCCUCGGCCAAAAGUCGGCAGCUAAGCUGCGAGCUGUUCGAUCCGCCCGGCUACGGUGAGCCGAAGCACCACGGCAAGCACCACACCAAGAGCAAAUCACAAUCGCAAAUGCUGCUGCUGCCAGCACCGACCGCCACCAACACCGCCACACUGCCCGCCCACAUGCUCACGUCCGCCGGUGCACCGACGCAUCCUUCCUCCUCCUCCUGCUCCUCCUUCCAUCGCGCCUCCCUGUCCGAUUCACGCGAAACGUCUCCCACCUCUCCUUCGCCACCGCCGCUUCCACCGCUGCCGCUCGGUGGCCAUGCCGCAGGCGGCAAUACUGCCAAACACCAGCCGCAGCAAAGUGUGCAAAAUGGCAAACAACAAACAUCGCCAGCAUCGUCACCGACGAUCGCCCGACGCUAUCAGGCGAGCAAUAAUGCAAAUAAAUCACACUACCACCAUCACCAGCAGCAAGCGCUGCCCCUAACGCCACCAGCAACACAGCAGCAGCAACAGCAACAACAGCAACAACACUACACUAAAAAACACACUCAGAAACAUCAGCAACAGUCGCCGGUAAAUAAUAGUGCCAAUGGGCACGGCAGCAGCCGGGCCAGUUAGUUGCAGCGACGGGAAGUGACAGAUCGCACCGUGGGUGGGCGGGUGGCCGAUCGGGUCGGUUGAGCAAUGCCAGGGAAGAAAACACUCGAAAGACGUGGAACGAAUACAUUAAACGCUCAGAACGGUGCCGGACACGAUCAAACAGCAUCUCUGUUUACUAGCAAAUCACAAUAUUACCGGAACGACUCGGCGUGGUGGGGGUGUAUGGGAUGGGGUGAGCUGCGUGUGGUCAAUUUCUCUUCGGUGCAGUCGGUGCAACAAUUGUGCUUCAAAUGUUGACGCACACAAAUGCAAACACAAAAAAUGUGCGACGCAAAAACACGCCCGUUUGCGAGAGUGUGUACACACAAGUGGUCGCUUCUGGAUAAGUCCUCGGGAUCACACCGUGGCACGAUUCAUUCCCAUCUCCAUGGGGCAGUUGUUCCUACCUUCUUCCUCCCAUCAUGGCAGCUGCUAAGCCGGUUCCUUGCGCAGUGUGUGCAGUCCGAGCACAAACAGUCCGAGCAGAGCUGAACACAACGGCUGUACAUAUAGACACCACUUCUGUGUGCAAGUGGACACAGGCAGACUAGUGGUACAAGUUUGAAGGAUAAUCUGAAGAAUAGAGGGAAACGCUCACACACAAAAACGAGAAAAACAGUUCAGUAACAAAACACAGAACAAAGUAGAGAUUCAAGCGAAACGAAGCUUCACCCCUCCCCCCCACCCCAGUGGAUGCGAUGUAAUAUUUACAUACACUUCGGCGAGGGAGCUAUAAAAACCAGACCUUCCCACCAAAGGAAACAUGAUUUAUGAGUACAUUAAGAAUGUGUAGAUAAUCGGUUCAGCUGAAAAGCGGGUCAUGGGUUACGUUGGAACACCGCACCAACCGGACGGACGAAAACAAAGUUGAACGAGUGUUGGUGGUUAUUGCUGUUGCUGCUGUACGUGGUUUAAGUGGUUCCCUUCCUCCCCAAUUCCUCCGUGCUUCUCCCUCUUUCCUAUUCCACUCGCAGGGGUUUCUUAAGCGCAGCCUUUUCCCUAGUUUAAAAAUCAUCAACGCGCGUCAACGGCGAAUGGUAGAAAAUAAAUGGCUGGUAAACUGUAGCGUCACUCGCCAGCGUGUCCGUAACAUACCGGUGCACACUUACGCUCCUCACGCGGAUCCAAUGCACUGUACGAUUAAUACUUGCACAAAUGCUUUAUGCGUGGUGGCAGAGCUAUAUGCUACCGAUGCUGCCUCAUAUCAUGCUCACUGAUUUCACCAUCAUCUUCACUUAUUAUUAUAACUCACUCAUUUAGUCUUUUUUUUACAUUUUUCGACCUGUAUCCGACAUAUUCUUAAGUUUUUUUAAUCAUAUGUAUAGCUUUAACGUAUUGUAAUUUUAUUUGUUUUUCUGUGUCAACGCUUCCAGGUACUCCAAGAAAUGAAAUUUAACCUUUAAUGAUAAAAUUAAACAUGCAAAAUUUACUAUUUGAUAAAUUAAGUAAAUAUUUUUACGUACUGUUGUUUCUUUUUAACUGAAAAGGUUUAAUUAAUUUCAUUAAUGAACGCGUUGUACGACCACGUUGUUCUCUUAUACUGCAAAAAUCUAAACUCUUCGAUACAUCAAACAUUCUAAAAGAUGACAUAAGUACCACAAUCAAUAUUCAUGAAAUGUUUCGAAAUAAACAUAUUAGGUUUCUUCAAAUUAAAUGAAUACCCGCAUAUGAUGCGUUUCAUGAACGACAGCUAUUAUAUUUUCACUUCCCAUGCAAGCUAAUCGUAUUAUCGUGCCUCUUUUAACAAAUUUGUUUCGUUGGAAAUGCUGUGUACGAGUGCCGGUUAAUUGUACGCUCUAGAUACACGGAACCUAUUCAGCAAUUGAUAACGCUUCCACAAAACCUUUGCACGUGAACAGAACAUGUCGUGGGGGAAUUGUUAAAUACCGAGCAUGGUGUACCGGCUUGUAAAGCACACCGGCACAGUUACGUGUAUUACACCGUUGACAUUAUUGUGCUGAUUCACCUGGAAAUAACUUUCCAUCAUUGUUCGCAACUAGAUAACGCAGAACAAAAAUCAAAUACAUGUGCUGGGCCACAUACCACUAACGUUGUGAAUCGGCACAAAUGUUCGAGUACAGAAAGCCAACAUGAUUGCGUUAUAAAUAUGAAAUACUUCAUCCCUCUCUAUUCUCUUUCGCUAGUCUUUGUCGUUCCUGUGAAAAAAUCAAUAGGUAUUUUUUUCCUUGGACAUCAUUGUUAAUGGUUUUAACAUAUGGGACUUGCGGGCACGGAAUUAUGAAGUACCAGGCGUCUCCAUUAAAAUGAGAUUUUAUUGUGUCUCGAGGUUACGACGUAUUGUAGUAAAAAUUUGAUGCAAACAGUAACUAAAAGUGUUUGUUAAGUAUUUUUUCCAAUAGCAACACUACUUAUAACACUAUUUCGGCAAUCAGUCUUGCUUUACGGGCCGAAAAUCAUUCCUAGCACCAGCCAAAUAUGUUCCAAUUAUGGCCCAAAAAUACAUUUCGACGGCCAAAGUCUACGUAUUUCCAAUUAAAAAUCUACCGGCCCGCAAUCCACACUGAACGGGCGCAGGCCACACUCAGCUCUCGCCAUCUUACAAAUCCAAUUAAUUUGCUCCAUAAACGAUGUGAAGGGGGUCAAAUGGGAGCGCCACAACAUUACGGCGGUACCAGGCGCGUAGUCCUGCCAGGCGCAAACCGACAGAGCCAACGCUUUUGCUAUCGGCACUGGAAAGCGCACCGGUCACUAGAAGUGUAAUUGAAAUCGAAUUAGUUGAAGCGAACAAACACCCCGAAACUGACUCUGGUGGCAGGACGCGAACCUAACCCAGGGCGAGUGCAGAUAAAUUUUAGAUGAAUCUAAUUAAAAGAUAAAAUCUGUUCGUAGCCCUCUACCGACCGAUACCCUAAUAAUCCGGGGCCUUCGCUCAAGUGGCCACCGUGUUUAGGAACUCGGCAGUGUAUUUUUUUCGUGUUUCACCACACAUUUACAAUCCCAGACAGUGCAACAUAGCGAAGAGAUGGAAAACCAUCUGUCCUCGCGGUUUCUUACCACACCUACCACGUACCAAAAUGGCGCCGCGAAACGUACCAAACUUUAAAAAUUCAAAUAUCGUUUCAAUGUUUUCAACGGCAUUGAAAAGCAUAGAAAAUUGAAAGCUGGCAAAAACACUGGCUGCGCUCAAUGAAAUUAAGUAUAUUCCCAGCCCACCUAUUUUCAUACAAACUUUGUCGUCACCAUCCAGCAAUCGACGGAUGGCAAGUACCCUUUCCUUUCCCUUCCCCUUGGCAGAUGCCAGCUAUAUCAAACGUGAGAGUGAGAUGAUUGCCACCCAUCAAAUUCACGCGCCCCAUUUUCUGUUCUGUUUCUACCACACCCUCCUCUGCCGUGUUCUGCAGCUUCAUCAACCAAAAAACUGAGUUGCCACGCGCAGUCGGGGGGAUAAUUUUCAAUUAUUUACCCUGCUCACGAUGAAGCAAUUAGGAAGAAAUUAGUCAAAAUAAACGAUAAAGUAUUGCUUCAUAAAACAAGGCAGUGUGCCAGUCUGCUGCAGCUUACACUUGGAAACGAGUAAAAGCAUAAACGCACCCGUUCUCGCAAGCCCAGUAAUAAACGGUGCGGAUAGGGAAAACAACGAACAAGUGACACCAUUCGGAAAACCGCAGCCUGCCGUCAAAUUCGACACUCAAAACAGACGGCAAUCAUUUCGUUGCCACGAACGUCGCUUUAAACAGACGAUGCACUUAUCGCGGGUUUUGUCAAACAGCGUAAAAAUCGAGGCGAAAACUUAGGGGGAAAAUGUGGCCACGGAACUGUCAAUUUGCUGACACUGCAAGUUGUAUUUGGGGUGCAGUUGGUGGUACUCUUUCAGCGAAACAUCAGCCACCACAACCGUCCUCCCUAAUGAGAAGCGAAUUUUCUGCACCAACUGUCUCGUAAUUUAGCGCAGCAUCCUUCCAUCAAGUUGGAUCAUUUUCACCGUUUCACCUAUCGGUGAGAUUGUGAGAAAAUUGUGUUUGCUAUUAUUCAUUGAGCUAGGAAUUUUUUACUUCCUUUUUACAUGAGUUCUAUUCUUGCUUCAGAGAUUUUGAAGUGAAGGAGUAACAAACGAAACAAUAACGCAUCAAUGGUUAUCUUUCGAAGCAAUUCUUCGCGAUUGCAGUAGUUUUAAUUCAACACUUUCUGAAUAAUGAUGGGUUUUUCAUUAUGAUUCUUCGCCUAACAAUCGAUGGCAAAGAGAAAGCAAUCAAACAAACCGAUUGUUCUUGGGAAACAAUAACUCAUAUAAUUGGAGACGAAGCGUACGAAGGAAUCACUCGCAAUGAUAAAGCGCAUUUGUAACAUAGUCUAGUGACAAAAAAAAUGAUCAAAAACUAAUCAGAAAUCAAAAUUUACCACUUUUUCAUCAAAUUUCUCAACGCAUUUGUAGCAAUGCAGUACACAACUGAUACGUACACCAGGUCGUAAGUAAUAGAUUGAUUUUCUAUUUCUACCAAUCCUGUCCACAGGCAUGUAAAUAGCAACACCGAAAAUAAAUUAUCUUUACCGUGCACUCGACUCGGAACUGACUUCAUUCCACAAGCUUUGGGAAAAAAGAGACUCUAUAUCGAACACACCGGUCCGUUCCCACACACUACAUCUGUCAUGGGGCGCAAAGUGAGUCUCAAUUCCCUUGACUCGAUCGUCCCAAGCGUGCUUUGCAGGCGCAAAGUGCAAACAGAUGGGUCGCGAUACGUCAUCACCGUGCCACCGGGGCCGCUGGUGGUGAUGAGAAUCAGAAUCAGUUUAUUUUCUUAUUUUCUUCCUACGGACACACGUACACACUUGGUCUUGGGCAGGGAAGCAUAUUUCUUCCAGUGGACAGGGUGACUGGAUGGCUGACACCAAACUCCCCCAAACACAUCCAGGGUCGCAAGGAUAAGCAAGAGAGGCAAGGGAAGGCGAAAUUCUCCCACCGCCGGCGAAUCGAUUGUUACCGCUGUUGCCCUACGCCAUCAUUCUCAAGACGGAAAUUGAUUUCGAUAUUAUAGAUAGACUAGACAAUUCAAUUUCAUCGAAACACCCAGAGGGCUGAGAGACACAGACGAACAUACGCACAUAACGCACGUGUGCCAGACGUUCUUCUAAAAUCUAACAGUCACCCGCAUAAGAAAUGUUGAACAGGAACAGGCAGAGCCGUAAGAGGGUAAGAAAUACCGUGCCGGAAUCGACGGAGCGAAUGAGGGGUGCACGGGUGCAGCAAAAUACAGUUUAAUGGUAUCAUUUCUUCGGCACGGUUGAUGUAGCACCUGGCCAACAGAGCUGAGUCACGGCCGAUCGCCCCCGGGGAAUGGGUCCGUUCCACUCGAAACCAGAAGCCCGGGACACAUUGCAGCAGGGCACACGUUGGUACUUUUGCCUCGGGUACUUGCCCACGCUCCCCAUAUCGGAUUCAUGCUUCAAGCACUCGAACCCUUGUUCGGCAAGGUGACCGGUAUUUUCCCGCACGCUCGUGAGUCAACAUUGCUCGAUAC